AUGAGGCCGCUCGACGAGGCGGAGACGACGGUCGUCUUCGAGAAGCUCCUGAAGUUCACCGGCAACAACCUGAAGAACAUCGUCGAGAGCCCCGCCCACGAAGGUCCCGACCCGAACCCCGGCCGCUACUGCUUCCGCCUCCAGAAGAACCGGGUCUACUACGUCAGCGAGGCCCUGGUGAAGCGCGCCACCAACAUCAGCCGGAAGAACCUCGUCGCCAUGGGCACCUGCGUCGGCCGGUUCACCCACGGCGGCAAGUUCCACCUCACCGUCCAGUGCCUGGGCCUGCUGGCGGCGAACGCCAAGCACAAGGUGUGGCUGAAGCCGACGUCGGAGAUGUCGUUCCUGUACGGCAACCACGUGCUGAAGGGCGGCCUCGGGAGGAUCACCGACGGCAUCCAGCCGGGCGACGGCGUGGUGGUGUUCUCGAUGUCCGACGUGCCGCUGGGGUUCGGGAACGCGGCGAAGUCGACGCAGGACUGCCGGAAGCUCGACCCGAAUGGGAUCGUCGUUCAUCACCAGUCGGAUAUCGGGGAGUAUCUGAGGAUGGAGGACGACCUUUGA